UUGAGUGUUUAAUGUUUAUGAAAAAUAUUUUAGUAAUUUAUCCCAGUUUUGUCGUAUUUAUUAUUUAUUUUACUGUAAAAAUAUAUUCGUUUGAUAACUAAUAUUUGGAAUGGAACAUACUUUAUUGGAUGGCCGUAAGAUUUACGAAAUACAUGGAGAAAGUUGUGAUAAUUACGCCGUAGUGUGACUAACAAAAUGCUAAUAUGUAUUCCUUCAUCUUAUUUUUGUUUUAUUGAAAUAAAAGUCAUUUCCUUAUUACAUUUAAAAAUGUGGUACGCAGCUUUAUUACGAUUUAUUCGAAGACGAUUAGUAUUGGGUAUAAUAUUCGCGUCUUCCUUAACCUAUUGUAUUGUUAGUUUCUUAAGAGAGGGACACGACAGAAACAUGGUUUACCAAGAUAUAUCACCUGAAAAGAAACCAUUUGUAUGGAGGACACUUCAGGAGCAUAAUGAAACCAAUGAAAUUGCAUGUAGAAAUUCGCUUCAAGGCAAAUCAGUUUUAGUUGAUGAUCGAGGUUAUAUAUGUCAACGGGAAGACUUAGCCAAAAAUGGUUGCUGUAACACAGAAAGUGAAAACACAAAACGGUAUAGCUGUAAAACAUGUAAUGAAAGCAGUUGUUGUAUUGUGUUUGAAUACUGUGUUUCGUGCUGCAUUGAUCCCAAUAAGAGAAGUAUGCUCCAAAUUGUACUUUCAAAACUUUCAACGGACGAGAAUGUGUUAUUUCAUUCAAUAACUGAUGAUUAUGAGUUGUGUAUGACAAAGUGUCGCACCAGCUCUCACAGCGUCUUACAUGAAAAUUCCUACAAGAAUCCAGCCCACAAGUAUUGCUUUGGCAAUGGACCGUUGGAAACUAAACCACCCGAUUAGCAGUUACUAAUGUGGAUGUUACGAAGAACAGUGAAGUUAAGUGUUAAGCAAUUUGAUUAAGAAAUAUACAGUAAUAUAUGUGUACAUAUACGUAAAAUGACAUUUUGUGCUUAAUAAUAACAGUUUUUUUUUUAUUUAUACUCGUUUCAUACUUUUACAAGUAAUAAUAUAUAAUAAAAAAAUAUAUCACCGCUCACUUUGAUUGCUAAAACAAACAAGGCUAUUUGACAUAUUUUUUUUUAAUUGUAAUAAUAACUAAUUAUUUAUACAUAAUAAUUAAAUUGUUAAAAUAUAGCGGCUUUUUAAAAGUGUUGCUGCGAGGUUAAUUCGUUGAAUAAUGCCAUGUCUUCUUUCGAACGUCAAAUCAAUGAUGACGUAAACAGAGAAGUCAGUUAACGAAACAGACGCUAAACAACGUUUAUAACUAAGGCCGUAGUGAUCCAUUUUAAUUAAUAAUAAGGUAUUUUAUGUACUUACCUAUUAAAUAAAUUUUAAAAAGUUACAUUACAAUUUAUUAUAACUGGCUAAGAUUAACCUAAGUAAGAGGUUGUUUAAAACGUCGUGUAUGAAGUUUAUAUCAUAUGAUAUGAAAUAUUUAUUUUUGCAUUAAUUUUAUAAUUUUUUAUCAUUUUCUAUUCCAUCUGAAAUUGACUAUAUAAUGGUGACGGCAUAAUACAUUAUAAUGAACAUAACUUUUAAACUAAAAAGAUUAACUAUCUAUUUAUAAUUCACGUGAUGCGAAAGCUACAGUAAUAUCUUCAAUAAAAAUCAAGGAUUAUUCUAAACUGAAAUCGAGAGUUUCGUCCGGAGUGUGGCCGUAAGGUCAAAUAAAUUUUAGAUAGCGUUACUAUCGCAAUAUUAAUGAGACUGCAUGUAUAUAUGACAAUAGCUCAUAUAUACAAGCAGUCGCAGUCUCAUUGAUAUACUUCCGGCUUGAUAUCUAGCGCCAUUACGUUUGCUUAUUGACCUACUAAAUGGUCUACAAAUAUCAUUAAAAUCUGUUAAUAAGGUGAUUUGGUAACAAAGAUACACGACAUUUAUAAAUAUUGCAUAUUUUGACUCUGUAUCAAUAAUAAUGACGAAUGAUUGGCUGACAUUCAGCCAAAUGACGAAUUAUAAAAAAAAAAUAUUCAAUGUACAAACUAAGCUUUAUGUAAAUUUUAUUAUUUAAUAGAUUAUCCUACGCCUGUAUAGGACAUUUUGCAAUUUUAGUAAAAGUGCUUCUUAUAUCUACUUUAAGUCGCUUAGAGAUUAUAUGCAAUAGACUAAGCACUAUUAACAUUUGCCUAACAAAAUACUCAUUUGUUAUUAAUGUUCGCAUUAUGUAUGUAUAUGUAUAUAACUAAUGUUAUUUUUUUGUUUGUGUCGUAAGUGUUCCUAGAACAUUUAUCGAUUGAAAUUAUAUUAAUGGGGCAUCCCAAUUCUCAGCACAUGCCCUUUAGAUGUUAUAAAAUUUAAAUAUAUAUAUAUAAUAUAAAUUUAUAUAUAUAUAUUUGACAUUGAAGUAUUUUACAAACAAUUGUAGAGAGCAAAUUGAUGGUAUAUUAUAAUUGAAUUUAUACGUUAUAUAUUAAUGGUUACCAAAUAUUGUAAGACCAAUUUCAAAGUAUAAUGAAGAUUAAUUAUGUGUAAGAAUGUAUGAUUAAACAAUUACUGCAUAAUGUUAUUCUAGAUUUUUUUCUUGCUUUGCAUGUCUAUUAAACAUUGAAAAAUGAAUGAAUUAAAUAGGUGUUCUCUAUUUACACACUCUUGGGUAGAACAGCUGGACAACCAUAUUUACAUUUGAAAACAAAUGUAAAUGUAACAUUAGCUGUUAUUAGGCAACUUUAUCUCUUUCUAGAAUUCUUUAUCUCUUUCUAGGAUUGGUAUUGAUUAGCUAGUUUCCAAGCUUAUUAAUACUUAAUUUUUAACGUUAUAUUACCUUUAUGCCCAUCGUAUUGUGAACCUAUAUAAGGCAAAUAAGUACUUUAAGUUCGAAGUUUGUAUUUAAUCUUCGAUUUCUUUAAAAAAAAUAUCCGUGUAUAUAACCGAAAUUACCUAAUAUAUAUAUUAUUUUUGCGAUUUAUAAAAGGCGUAGUUAUAAAGGAUAAGACGACCGCCUCUUUUAAAAUGACUAAAUGUGUCUUAACGAACUUCCGAGUCUAGUUUUUCUUAAUGAAAGUAAAAAAUAUAAAGCAAGUUCAAAAUCUAAAUUGAAUCAUAUUAAACUGAACAUCGACUAUGAACUUAUGAGACCAUUUAUUGUUUUAUCUGAUAAAUGCUAGUUUCCUUACGAUACAAACAUCAAUUAAAUGUCUAGCAACGCAAUCUUCGUUUUAGAUUCGCGUGUUCAAUCGACUGGAUCAUCACGGAUCAUGUUUGUAUGGUAAAAAAUUUAGAUAUAUAAAUAAUUAUAAUCGAUGUUUGCCUGACUUAAUUUCAUAAAUAUAAUUAUUCGUUAAAUUAAAAUAACGUACAAAGUAAUUAAAGCAAUAUCCGCCUUUAUUCGUGGGUAAUUUGUAGUAGUCAUCUCAAUUAUUAUGUUGUUAUCGUAUAUACAUAAUAAAUGCCCCGUAUUUACAAGAAAUCUUAUCAAAAUCGAUUAAAGAUGUUUGUUUUUAAGUAAUUCACUUAUACUUCAUACGAGCUCGUCUGGUAUCAACUAAUCGAACGCAAAACAGCAAUAUCUUGUAUUAGUGUGUUCCGGUUUGAGAGAGCCAGUGUAAAUACACGCACAAGGGACGAUAUCGGCUUGUCGACUUUGUAUCGAAUAGUUAAUACUCCAAUGACUGAAUGUGUUGGUCACACAAUUAUCAGGUAGCCGAUAUACCAGUCUGACCUGUAUUCAUUUGCAAUGUGUUAAAGUUCAUAGCUUUUACACAAAAAAUACGAAUAGAAAUAUUUUUUUUAAAUAAUUAAAAAAAUGUAUAAUAUUUAUAAUAGAAAUUAGAUUCUCGUAGUUGAGAUUUUUAUACAUGUUGAUAGUAUAUUUUGUAUAUAAUAAUGAUAAUUUUCUCCAGUGCUAAUCUAUGAUUAUUUACUUCGUAUCUCUUGUUUUUUUCCUGUUUCAAGUUUAAUCUUGCAGAAUUGCACUGCUGUUUUAUAGUAUGUCUUAAUAAAGUACCUAAUACUAGAAAAUAUUUUACUCUUAAGUUAUGAUAUAGCAAAUUGUUAACGAAUGUAACCUUAUUAUUGAAAAACAAAUGCGCGAUGACUUGUAUGAAAAUAAUUAAUGUUAUUUAUUGACAUAAGUAAAUAAAUAUUU